UGAAGCUCAAGUGGAGAACUUUGUUGAACCCCUUUGUUCGAGCUGUCACUUUUGAAAGAGCUUUAGCAGGGCUGACCACUAUAAAACCCAUCAUCCAGGAGGAAGGGCAAAGAGAACCCUGCCAGACUUACUAGUUGGAUCUUUACUAAAGAGGUUUGCAAAGCAGAAAAAAAAUACCAAGCCAGGUUCCUUGGUCCCUGAAAAGUGUUUGCUCAGCCUCUGCGAUGAUGUUCCCAAGUCUCAUAGCUCCUCCGGCUGUGUACCCGAGUCUCCUGCGGCCAACUCCUACUUUAACUUUGCCUCAGUCUCUGCAGUCAGCCUUUUCUAGCCAUUCUAGCUUCUUGGUGGAAGAUUUGAUCAGGAUCAGCAGGCCUGCCAGUUACCUGCCUAGGAACGGCCCUCCGCCUAGCAUGUCCCCUCCAGCCUCCGGGACCAGCACAGCCAGGACAGACACUGUGACAUCAGACCUCGUCAGCUGCAACACCUCUAGCGCUAGGAGGGUCUGUUCCCCGCAGACUUCAGUCUCAGCCAAUAACGAUUCCACUUUCCUGAAGUUUGGGGUCAACGCCAUCCUCUCGUCCACUCCUAGAGCUGAAACCUCCCCUGCGUUGCUUCCGAGUGUCCCUCCAAAGACAUUCUCCUUUCCAUACUUUGAAGGAUCCUUCCAGCCUUUUAUCAGAUCUUCUUAUUUCCCAGCGUCCUCCUCGGUGGUGCCUAUCCCUGGCACUUUCUCCUGGCCCCUGGCUGCUAGAGGAAAGCCCCGCAGAGGGAUGCUUCGCAGGGCAGUCUUCUCCGACGUGCAACGCAAAGCUCUGGAGAAAAUGUUUCAGAAGCAGAAGUACAUCAGCAAACCAGACAGGAAAAAGCUGGCAGCCAAACUGGGGCUCAAAGACUCGCAGGUGAAGAUCUGGUUCCAGAACAGAAGGAUGAAGUGGAGGAACUCCAAAGAGAGAGAGCUCCUCUCCUCCGGGGGCUGCAGGGAACAAACCUUACCCACCAAGUUCAACCCUCACCCAGACCUCAGCGACGUGGGCAAGAAAUGUUCGGAGGAGGAGGAGGAGGAGGAGGAAGUGUCCCCUCUGUGCCCAGCCAGCCCUCAGCACACCCUGACCUAUCACCAGCCCCCCGAGUACCUGCACUUGAGGGACAGACUGGACUCCCAGAUGCCCCCCUCUCCAUCCCACUCCAGCAGCCCCAGCAAACCUUCAGACUUCUCAGACUCGGAGGAAGAGGAUGAUGAGGGGGAAGAGGAGGAGGAGGAGAUCACAGUCUCUUAGAUCUCCUGCCUGCCCCCACCACAACAGGGGACGUU